UUUAUGGUCUUAGUCCAUUAGAGUUUCCACUGUUUUUUUUUUUGGAUUAUUUUUGCUUAUAAAUAGUGUUGAACCUUGUUUGUGAACUUCAUCCUAGAGUUUAGGGAUUUAUCCGAGGGAAGAGAAUAUAUUUUUUCUUCAGGGGCUUUAGCUCUAUUUUGCUUUUUUUACUAUCUUAGUAAAGGUUUUGGUUUCUGAAUUUGGUUCUUAAUUCUCUAACAAAUUUCAAGACUUCAUUAGCAAUGGAAGAAGAUAACGGCGAAAGACAACGUGACAACGUCGGAUCUUCCUCCUUCUUUAAGACAUGUUUCAACGCACUCAAUGCUCUUUCAGGAAUUGGAAUAUUAUCGGUACCAUAUUCACUUGCUCGUGGAGGAUGGUUGAGUCUUUCACUUCUGUUACUCCUAGCCGCAACCGCCUUCUACACAUCCUUGCUCAUUACAAAAUGUAUGAACGCGGACCGCAACAUCAAAACAUAUCCCGACAUUGGAGAACGUGCAUUUGGUAGACCAGGGAGAAUCAUUGUGUCACUCUUCAUGCACCUAGAACUCUAUCUAGUCACCACAGGUUUCUUGAUCCUCGAAGGAGACAAUCUUCACAAUCUUUUCCCCGGAUUUAACAUAGAAAUGAUCGGAUUGAGAUUGAAUGGCAAACAAGCGUUCAUGGCCACUGUCGCACUCGUUAUCAUGCCGACUCUAUGGUGGGAUAAUCUAAGCGUCUUGUCUUAUGUUUCUAUGAGUGGGGUUUUAGCUACGACUGUGACUCUUGGAUCAAUAUCGUGGGUUGGAGCAUUUGAUGGAAGUGGGUUUCAUCAAAAGGGAAAGUUGAUUAAUUGGAGUGGGAUCCCUACAGCUUUGAGCUUAUAUGCUUUUUGCUAUGGUGCGCAUCCAGUUCUGCCCACUUUGUAUUCUUCUAUGAAAAGCAAACAUCAGUUCAACAAUGUCCUAGUUGUAUGUUUUAUAUUAUGCACCAUAGGAUACACCUCAAUGGCGGUAUUGGGCUAUUUAAUGUAUGGAUCACAAACAUUAUCACAAAUAACACUGAAUCUUCCAGUUCAUAAGACGAGUUCGAAGGUGGCUAUAUACACAACACUAGUAAACCCUGUAGCCAAAUACGCAUUGAUGAUCACACCAACGGUGAACACCGUAAAAGAUUGGUUUCCUUCGAGUUACGACAAAAAGACAUACUUACAUCUCCUGAUCAGCACGUUUUUCAUAGUAAGUAGCGUCUUCAUCGCCGAGACACUUCCCUUUUUCGGUUACAUGAUGUCGCUGGUUGGAGCGUUACUGAGCGUUACGGUUUCCAUACUUCUGCCUUGUUUGUGUUACUUGAAGAUCUCUGGAAAUUACAAGAAGAUUGGGUUUGAGACUAUAAUGUUGUUUGGAAUGGUGGUGUUGAGUGUUUUCGUUGGAGUUUUAGGUACUUACAUUGCUAUCAGAGAAAUAAUUGGAAGUGUAUAAAAACUAAAUAUGAUUGUUAUAGUAUUCUGAGAUAAAUGGUAAGUUUGCAUUCCCCUA